GGGAAGAAAACCCAUGGAUUAGGCUCGACAAGGCUUUAAAAGGAUGCCAUCUAACUAAAGCCUUGAGGAAAGAGAGGGGGAAAAGUAUAGUACCCAUUUUUGUAGCGGUGAAGAAGAAAGCCUUGGGUCAUUUUUCUCAGAAGCCGUGCCAAAUUCCCGAACUUGGGUGCUUUCUAUAAAUCAAUUUUCGUUAUCUGUUAGCAGGUAACAGUUGAAAGCUCACUGGCCUAUGAGAACUUAACAGACAAAGAAUUAAUGCCUGGAAUACUUUCUGUUUCCUCAAUUGUUUUGCCUCAUUGGUGUACAACUUCAAGUGGUAGGCGUGUUGUCAGAAUGGCUGCUGCUCACACUCCAAUUGCUGGAGUAUCGUUUGAAGCCGUGACAAUAAAGCCUCCUUCACACCCUACAUAUGAUUUAAAGGGCAUUAUAAAACUUGCUCUUGCUGAAGAUGCUGGGAAUCGAGGGGAUGUGACUUGUAUGGCCACCAUCCCAUUUGACAUGGAAGUGGAAGCCCAUUUUCUGGCAAAAGAGGAUGGUAUCAUUGCUGGAAUUGCACUAUCGGAGAUGGUGUUUCAAGAGGUUGAUCCUUCUUUGAAGGUGGAGUGGUCUCGAAAGGAUGGAGAUUAUGUUCGGAAGGGGCUGCAAUUUGGAAAAGUUUAUGGAAGGGCACACAGCAUUGUCGUAGCUGAAAGAAUAGCUCUGAACUUUAUGCAGCGGAUGAGUGGUAUAGCGACACUAACUAAGGCAAUGGCUGAUGCUGCACAACCUGCAUACAUCUUAGAGACAAGAAAAACUGCUCCGGGCUUACGAUUGGUGGAUAAGUGGGCGGUACUAAUUGGUGGAGGAAGGAAUCAUAGACUGGGUUUGUUUGAUAUGGUGUUGAUAAAGGAUAAUCAUAUAUCAAUAGCUGGAGGAAUAAGUAAUGCCCUUAGAUCUGUUGACCAGUAUUUAGAGCGAGAAAAUCUUCAAAUGGAGGUUGAGGUUGAGACCCGGACACAUGAGGAAGUAAAGGAGGUGUUGCAAUAUGCAUCUCAAACAAAGACUUCCUUGACCCGGAUAAUGUUGGAUAAUAUGGUUGUACCUCUUCCAAAUGGCGAUGUUGAUGUGUCUAUGCUUAAAGAAGCUGUGGAGCUGAUCAACGGGAAAUUUGAGACGGAGGCAUCCGGCAAUGUUACUCUUGAAACUGUACAUAAAAUUGGACAAUCUGGAGUUACCUAUAUAUCCAGCGGUGCACUCACACAUUCUGUUAAAGCACUCGAUAUUUCCCUCAAAAUUGAUACUGAGUUGGCACUUGAAGUCGGAAGGCGAACAAAACGGGCAUGAUCAGUUAAUCUUUAUGUUGUUAGUGAGCAAUAAGAAAGCUCUUUCCCCCCAAAACAUAUAGAGACAGAAAGAGCAUGUUAGUUCCUCAUUUCCCUUUCUCUAAGUGUUUUAAAGAAUUGAUAGACAAUAAGCUACCAUGUUAUAAAAGAUAUAGAAGUAUAAUUGUAUGCGAUGACAAAACUUUAGCUCUUUUGGAAUUUGUUCUGCCGACAAUCUGGCUGUCUUGGCUUUUUUGCAACCCGAUUGUCAAGGGCCUUAUUGACAGAAACCAAAAUGUCAUUCGAUAUGAUGUUAUGUUCACUGUGCAUUAUAUGUGCAUUUGUGUUUGACAUUUUUCGCCGAACCAUUCUUAUCAUUUUAAGGGAUGUGAAAGCCAUUUUGGAUUUUUGUAGAGCUUUCAUAAACUGCCCAAAUGUGUUGAAGUUGUGCACUAUUGUGCUUAUGAAUCUCUGUUGUGCAUUCUUAUCCAGAAAACAAUGACUCUCUAUUGACUAUGACUUUUCUUCCUCUAGGAUCCAGGUUUUGCAAUAUGUAAUAGUAGUUGGUUUGUUGUUUUGAUUCUGUAAGCCAGUUUGGUGUUUGUGUUACUUAUAGAAUUACUUUUUCACCGUCGUUUUCUUGCAGAAUUCAAUUUAUUUCUAGAUUUUGGGAUUUUGGUCAUUGGCAACAUCAGUAAAGUCUAGCUUUAAAUGUGUUUUAAUUUGGUUGAAAACUUUGACCUUAACAUGAGUAGAACAACAACGUAUGUGAUUUCAAGUUGGAAAUUUUCAUUUGGUGCAUAAUUUUUUGGGGCCAAAGUCGGGCACUGUCUGAUGAUAAUAUAGCACUUUCAAAGCAGUUUUCUAGCUCACUUUUAAGCUUUACUUUACUUUUAGGUAGUGUUUGAUACGAGGUGAUCAUUGCUUAAAUCAUGCUGAUCUACACAUGAUGAUUAGAUUACUACCAAACACUUGGCGAUCCUACACGGCAGUUGUUUGGGUUGGAAGACACUAAAAUAGACGGCAGUGGAGUUUCUGAGAGGCCAUCAGCCACCAAUUGCUGUAUUGAAUCGAAUGAAUCCCGUAUGUUGUAAAAGGCAUUUCAGUUGAUGUAGAAAGUGUCGCAAAUAUGUCGGUCCAAGAUCAGUUUGAAUUCAAACAGACCCUAAAACAUCAACAACUUAUCUUAAACAUAACAGUUCCAUUUCCUCCUGUUUCUGAAAACAACAUCCAACACCACUUUUAUCAUCUUAGAUUUGAACAAUGCACAAUUGUUGUAGUUUGAACUCAGCACGCAAUAAUCUUUGUUAUUAAAAGAAAGUAUGUAGGCCCUUAGCAUGCAAUAUUUACUUG